CUUUGUCUCCCUUCUGUCUUCCUUGCUCUCUUUUCCUUCCUUUCUUUUUUCUCUCUCCCUUUCUCUCUCUCUCUCUCUCUCAUUUACCCUCUGUCUUUUCAUGUCUCCUCUGUUGUCUUCUCUUUGUCUCUUUCUCUCCCUUUUCCUCUUUCCACUCUCUUUCUCUUAUGUCUUCCUCUCUCUCUUUUCAUCUCUCUCUCUCUCUGCCUUCCCUCUUCUCUCUCUCUCUUCCUUACUCUCCUUCUCUUUUCCUUUCUGCUGUCUUUCUCUUUUCCCCACUGUCUUCCUCUCUCUUUUCCUUUCUUUUUUUCCUCCCUCCAUCUCUCCCUUUACCCUCCCCUCUCUUUUUAACUCUCUCUCUCUCUAACCCUCUCUUUUCUCGUUCUCUUCUCUCUCUCUCUCUCUCUCUCACCCAUUUUCUCUUUCCCCUCUCUAUUCCUCUGUCUCUUUUCGGGCUACUUUCUUCUCUACGUCUCUCUCUUGUCGUCUGUCUUUUCUUUUCCUUUUCCUGUUUUUUUUUCUUCUCUUCCCCCUUGUUGUUUCUUUGUCUUUUAUUCUCUCUUUUCCUUUGUCUCUCUCUCCCGCUCCCAGGUUCGCCCCUGUACGGAGGGAGUGAGGCCCUCUGAAGCUGCAGGCUGUUAUCCCCCCAGGCCGUCUUGUCCCUCCAUCAUGGCUCUGGCUCUGUGGUUGCUGUGUACCUGUGCCGUCACCCUCAGUAACAUCGCCCCCUCUGCUCAAGCCUUAAGUCGUUCCAUGAUGCCUUUCGGCUUGAUGAGGAGGGAGCUGGCGUGCGAGGGUUACCCCAUCGAGCUGCGCUGCCCGGGCAGCGACGUCAUCAUGAUCGAGACGGCCAACUACGGACGCACCGACGACAAGAUCUGUGACGCCGACCCUUUCCAGAUGGAGAACGUGCAGUGCUACCUGCCUGAUGCCUUCAAGAUCAUGUCACAGAGGUGUAAUAACCGUACGCAAUGUGUGGUGGUCGCUGGGUCAGACGUGUUUCCCGAUCCUUGUCCAGGAACUUACAAGUACCUGGAAAUUCAGUAUGAGUGUGUGCCAUACAUCUUUGUAUGUCCGGGGACUUUGUUGAGGGUUCAAGCGGCGAGUUCACAGAAGGAGGCGGAGCAUCAGUCGGGGGCGUGGUGCAAGGACCCGCUGCAGUCAGGUGACCGGCUGUACGUCAUGCCGUGGACGCCGUACCGGACGGACAUUCUGUAUGAAUACGCGUCGUGGGACGACUUCACCCAGAACCGCGCCACCACCACCUACAAGCUGCCCAAUCGAGUGGACGGGACGGGCUUCGUGGUGUACGACGGUGCCGUGUUCUACAACAAGGAGCGAACACGAAACAUCGUCAAGUAUGACCUGCGUACACGCAUCAAAAGCGGCGAGGCCAUCAUCGCCAACGCCAACUACCAUGACACCUCGCCCUACCGCUGGGGGGGGAAGUCCGACAUCGACCUGGCCGUGGACGAGAACGGCCUGUGGGUCAUCUACGCCACCGAGAGCAACAACGGCCGCCUGGUGGUCAGUCAGGUGAACCCGUACACAUUGCGUUUCGAGGGCACAUGGGAGACGAGUUUUGACAAGCGGCUGGCGUCCAACGCCUUCAUGGCGUGCGGCGUGCUGUACGCCGUGCGCUCCGUCUACCAGGACGACGACAGCGAGGCGGGCGGGGAUCUGGUGCUGUACGCCUACAACACCAACCGCAACCAAGAGGAGCCCGUGCACAUCAUCUUCCCCAACCCCUACCAAUACAUCUCAUCCAUCGACUACAACCCCCGCGACAACCAGCUCUACGUCUGGAACAACUACAACGUGCUGCGCUACCCGCUGGAGUUCGGCCCGCCAGACCCCACGACAGGACCACUGUUCACCACUCAGAUGUCCAGCACCACGCCUUCCCGGUCGUUCUCGUCCACCUCCAGCCCGUCCACCAUGCGCCCCCUACCUGCCACCUUUCACCCCAUCGGCGCCAUAAACAAAGCUCCCGAACUGCGUCCCAUCACCGCUACAGUCCCCGUGACCCGUCGCCCCCCACGCCCACGUCCACGCCCACCCCAGGAGCCCGAGCUGCAGGAGGGGUGUGACCCAAGCGUAGCGCGAGGCGUCCAGUGGCCCAGCGCGCAGAGGGGCGAGACGGUGGAGCGGCCAUGCCCUAAAGGAUCCCUGGGCAUCGCGUCUUUCCAGUGUCAGUCCUCCCCGGUGCAGUGGAACCUGCGAGGUCCUGACCUCAGUAACUGCACCUCUCCCUGGGUCAACCAGGUGGCCCAAAAGAUAAAGAGUGGCGAGAACGCGGCGAACAUCGCCAGUGAGUUGGUGAAUCACACGCGGAGUCGGAUCCACGCCGGAGACGUCAGCUCGUCUGUCCGUCUCAUCGAGCAGCUGCUGGACAUCCUGGACGCUCAGCUGCAGCCUCUGAGACCCGGAAACAAAGAGUCGGCCACCCGCAACUACAACAAGCUACAAAAGAGGGAGAGGACCUGCCGAGCAUACAUUCAGGCCGUGGUUCAGACAGUAGAUAAUCUGCUGCGUGUGGAGGCUCUGGAUGCCUGGAGAGACAUGAACAGCAGUGAGCAGGCUCACACUGCCACCAUGCUUCUGGACGUGAUGGAGAAAGGAGCUUUCCUGCUCGCCAAUAACAUGUACGACACACACUUCAGUGACCACGCCCCCAACAUUGGUGAGUACACACACACACACACACACACACACACACAAUCCCACGUUCCCCACUGUGUGUGUGUGUGUGUGUGUGUGUGUGUAGAUCUGGAGGUUCACAUAUUGAACACGGAUAUGGAUCCACAGGAUUUGGCUUUCCCUCAAAGGAGCUCUGGUGAAAGCAGCAUCCUUCUGCCAGCCUCCACCGUCAAACAGUACAGCCGCAACGGUCAGGUGAAGGUUGUCUUUUUGCUGUAUAAGAACCUGGGAUCGUUCCUCUCCACCGAGAACGCCACUGUGAAGAUGGAAGUGGAGCCAGGGCCAGGACCUGGACCUGGGGGGCGGAGCUUAGUCGUCAACUCGCACGUCAUCGCCGCGUCCAUCAACAAAGAGUCGAGCCGGGUGUUUCUGACCGUGCCUGUUGUGUUCACCUUGAAGCAUCUGCAGCUGGAGAACCACUUCAGCCCGAACUGUUCGUUCUGGAACUACUCGGAGCGCUCGAUGACGGGUCAGUGGUCGUCUCAGGGCUGCAAGCUGCUGGAUACCAACGGCACACACACCACCUGCUCCUGCUCCCACCUCACCAACUUCGCUGUGCUCAUGGUGCAGCACGAGCCCAGUUACCAGGAUCAGAUGCACGAGGUGCUGCUGGUUGUGAUCACGUGGGUGGGGAUCAUCAUCUCACUGGUGUGUCUGGCCAUCUGCAUCUCCACCUUCUGCUUCCUGAGAGGCCUGCAGACGGACCGCAACACCAUCCACAAGAACCUGUGCAUCAACCUCUUCAUCGCCGAGCUCCUGUUCCUCAUCGGCAUCAACAAGACGCAGUACCAGAUCGCGUGUCCGAUCUUCGCCGGCCUCCUGCACUUCUUCUUCCUGGCUGCGUUCUCGUGGAUGUGCCUGGAAGGCGUGCAGCUCUACCUGAUGCUGGUGGAGGUGUUCGAGAGCGAGUAUUCCCGAAAGAAGUACUACUACCUGUGCGGCUACUGCUUCCCGGCGCUGGUGGUGGGCAUCUCGGCGGCCAUCGACUACCGCAGCUACGGGACCAAGAAAGCGUGCUGGUUGCGGGUUGAUAACUACUUCGUGUGGAGCUUCAUCGGCCCCGUGUCCUUCAUCAUCAUGCUGAACCUGGUGUUCCUGAUGGUCACCCUUCACAAGAUGGUUCGCAACUCGUCCGCCCUCAAACCCGACUCCAGCCGUCUGGACAACAUCAAGUCCUGGGCUCUCGGGGCCGUCACUCUGCUCUUCCUCCUCGGCCUCACCUGGGCUUUCGGCCUUCUCUUCAUCAACGAGAAAACGGUCAUCAUGGCGUACCUGUUCACCACCUUCAACGCCUUCCAGGGCAUGUUCAUCUUCAUCUUCCACUGCGCCCUGCAGAAAAAGGUCCAUAAGGAGUACAGUAAGUGUUUGCGUCACUCGUACUGCUGUGGACGCUCGUCUAACUCCAGCUCUCACGGCUCGCUGAAAAACUCCGCACUGCGCACCAACAACCGCUAUUACACCAGCAGCCAGAGCCGAAUCCGUCGCAUGUGGAACGACACGGUGAGGAAGCAGACCGAGUCGUCCUUCAUGGCAGGAGACAUCAACAGCACUCCCACCCUCAACCGUGCACCCAUGGGAAAUCACCUGUUGGCCAACCCAGUGUUGCAGACACGGACAGGUUCUUCUCCGUACAACACCCUGCUGACUGAGAGCUUCACACCUCCAUCACCUGGAGUCUUUAACUCCACUGGAACCUUCCGUGAUCCAAAGAGCACUCUGGCUAGGAAUCGGGACCACGGCGGAAUGGAGACGCUGCCACUGAACGGCAAUUUCAACAACAGCUACUCUCUGCGUGCCGGAGUUACCGGCCCGGGUGGACAAGGUGGCAGCUGCGACUUCCUCGGAGGCGGGUCCGACGAGAGUCCGCCUCCUCUGCUGAACCCACGCGGUGCGGAGACACUGGGAGGGAUCCGGCGCAACCUGUCUGACGCGGCCGCCUUUGAGAAGAUGAUCAUUUCCGAGCUGGUGCACAACAACCUGCGGCAAGGCGGCGGGGAGAGGAUCGGCGGUACCCUGGUGCGAGGACGUACGACCGGAGUGGGGGUUGGGACAGGGACGGGGACGGGGGCGGUGGCAAGUGCAGGGGCCGGAGUCGAUCGGGUGACUGCUGCGGAACAGGAAGCAGAAGACGAGGGACAGCGGCACCGGACGCCACAAGACGUGGAGCUGCUAUACAAGGCUCUAGAGGAACCGUUGCUCCUGCAGCGCGCCCAGUCAGUUCUCUACCAGAGUGACGCCGAGGAGAGCGAGAGCUACAUGAACGACUCGAACGAGAGCCACGGGCACAGUGCAGCUGCGACGGGCACCGGCACGGGUCCGGACUCGCCCGCCCGGGACUCGCUGUACACCAGCAUCACCAACCUGCGUGACUCACCGUACCCAGACAGCAGCCCCGACGAGCUCUACUACAGCUCGGGCAGACCUGCACUGGGCAGCGCCAUGCACACCUUCUACCCGACGCCCCCAUCGAGGCCCGUAGCCGACACCCAAACCCACGCCCACACCCACAAUCCCCCCGAGCCCCCACACGCUGAAGGGGACGGACAGAUGCAGCUGGUCACCAGCCUGUGACUGCGAGUAAACCCCCCCAGUGUCUCACACCCAUUCCGUUUCUGUUCCUUUCUCUCGGUUUGCUAGUUCGGAAGUGUAAACAGAGAGAAGUCUCAGCUCGGUCUCAGUGGCAGCAGGCUCUAUAAGGCAGCUCCGGAGCAAACCUAGUCCACACACUCCCUCGGUUGAUUCCCAAGUCCAAAGCUCCCUCAGCAACUGAGGAUAUUUUCAACCAUUCCCCAUGGAUUUUAUAGGCGAUACCUCUUCUGUUUUGUUUUUUUUUUGUUGUUGUUGUUUGUUUUUUUUUUUAUCCUUAUCAGUUCCAAAGUGUUUUCUUUUUCUGGUUUUACUCCCAUUUCUUCUCCCUUUCAUCGUUUAUUGAGAGCUGAUACGCCUGGAGAAGGAGGGUUCACCGUUACGCAUCAGCGUGCAAAGAACUCUCUGUCUCGCUCUGAAAGCUCUUCAGUGUUGCCAAAAAUACAUUUUUUGAGCCAGAACACAAACUGGAACGCGCACGCACACACACACACACACACACACACACAGACACACAAGUGCACAAACAUAAGUGCUUGUUACUGAACGUCAGACCGUGAAGAACUGCACUCAUGAAGGCAGCAGCAGGAAGAAGCUGCCCCUGUGGAGUUGCCUUUAUUCCCUUCCCCUGCUCUCGCUCUCUUUCUUUCUUUCUUUCUUUCUUUCUCUCUCUUCGGAUGGACUCUGAUGUACAGGACUCUCAACAAGACUUGACACGGCUGCACCUGGCCACAGGACUCGUUACUGAUGCUCUAUUUAAAAGGAGUUUUUGUGUGUUUCUGAGACCGGCCCCGUGGACAUCGCGGACAGCCCCCCAUUAUCGUUACUGAGGGUUUGGAGAACGUCUUCUUCUUUUUUUUUUUCUUUUUUUUUUCCUUGUUGUUUUUUUUUCAAGGUUUUCCUGGGUGUUCUCCGAGCCUGCUACUAAAAUGCCUGUACAUACGAACCUUGAAAAUCAAUAACACAAAACCUAGCGCCAAUCCUAUUCUGUAAAUAGAGACCAGAUGAACAAAAGCAACAAAAAAAAAAACAAACAAAAAAAAAAAACAACAAAAAAAAAAAGGAUGAACUACUACGAGAGCGACCGAUUUCUUGUACUGGGACGAAAGUAAAAAAAAAAAAAGGAAAAAAAAAAAGAGUGACGCAAAAAUUUAAAUAAAGACUUUUGGGAGUUUGUGAUCUAAAUGACACGGUCAAUCCAUCUCUCCCUCCCUGUUUCGUUCACUCUCUCAGGCUCUCAUUUACCCCUGCCCCAUUGAAUUGUGGGAAAACUGUGUCGACAGUGUGUGUGUGUAUGUGUGAGAGAGAGAGAGAGAGGAAGGAAGAAAGAGAGGGAACGUUUGUGAAGAAACAAGGAAAGUAAAAAAAAACUAGCCCUGGCACAAUUUUUAUGUAUUAUAACCCAUCGUUAACGUUUGACAGGUUUCAUGAUUCGUGCCUCGGGAAAGGGACACGGGGGCAGGGUGGUGUGGGGAGGGGUGGGACUGUGGCUUUAUCGACAGCAGCCAUAAUGUAGUGUUGGUUGUGUCUUGUUAGACUGAUGUAAUAGAUAUCAGAUAACUAGAUUACCGAUACCUAGGACAAAAAAAAAAAAUAUAUAUAUAUAUAUAUAUAUAUAUAUAUCUGAGACGCAAACGAUGGGACGCAAUUCGAUC